GAAAUGGAGAUGAUGACUGAGAAACAGAGAGAUGCUAGGUAUUUCUGGAACAAUACUACUGAAAAAAGCGAUUAUGAGGCUGUAGAAGCCCUUAUUUCUAUGAGCUGUAACUGGAAAUCAGACUUCAAAAGACAUGCAGAAAUGAGGCCUAUAACUCCAGCAUCUGAUAUGUCAGAAGAGAGUGACGAGACUUUGCUUCCUGGAGCAGCGGACUUUAAUGCGAUACCAGCAUUUUGCCUGACCCCCCCCUACAGCCCUUCCGACUUUGAGAUGUCGCAUCUGGGGGCACCGGCGCCCGCUGCAGCGCUCGGCAGGUCACUGGCCGAGGCGGAGAGGCCUCCAGCAAAAAAAAAGGCUCAAGCCACGAGCGUUAUCCGCCACACGGCUGAUGCCCAGCUCUGUAAUCGCAAAACCUGCCCGGUGAGAACAGCCAGUGUGCUGAAAUACCAGGACAGUGUUUUGAGGGAAGCGAAGAGUAAACCAAACCCCGAAGCUGAACACUCAGUGUGUUCCGCCUCGGCGCCAAACAGAGCCAGCGACGAGAGCAGCGAACAGCCGGUGGCAGAAGGAAAAACCGCAGAACCAGCUGUUGGUCCGGUGCCCGUGAGGAAGCCCUCGGUCAGCAGGCGUCAGCCUGUCCCGGGUCCGGCGCAGCAGGCGGCGGCACCGCUGUGCCCUGCCCCAGGCAGUGGGGCGCCCCCCGUGCCGGUGAUUUGCCAGAUGGUCCCGCUGCCCGCAAACAACAGCGUCGUGACGGCCGUCGUGCCCAACGCUGCGCCGAGCCAGCAGCCGGCGCUCUGCCAGCCCAUGGUCUUCAUGGGCACCCAAGUUCCCAAAGGUGCCGUUAUGUUUGUUGUGCCCCAGCCGGUUGUGCAGAGCACAAAGGCUCCCAUAAUUAGUCCAAACGGCACGAGACUCUCUCCCAUUGCUCCUGCUCCCGGCUUCGUACCUUCUGCAGCAAAAACCACUCCUCCAGCUGAUUCCUCAAGAAUAAGGAGUCACAUCUGCAGCUACCCGGGGUGUGGGAAAACGUACUUCAAGAGCUCCCAUCUGAAGGCGCACAUCAGGACACACACAGGAGAAAAGCCGUUUAGUUGUAGUUGGAAAGGCUGUGAGAGAAGGUUUGCACGAUCUGAUGAACUCUCUCGCCAUCGCAGAACGCAUACCGGGGAGAAGAAGUUCGCCUGCCCCAUGUGCGAGCGGCGGUUCAUGAGGAGCGACCACCUAACAAAGCACGCGCGUCGCCACUUGUCGGCCAAGAAGUUACCGAGCUGGCAAAUGGAAGUGAGCAAGUUAAACGACGUUGCUGCGCCGCCAGCGUCUGCAGCCGCGCAGUGA